AUGGUGCUACCUCUCAAGGUCGUCAUGUUGGCUCCGAGGAGCGCCGUGCUGGCUAGGCUUGUCCGGGGCUUGGGCCCUCUAGCUCAGACCCGGGGCCUAGCCGGCUCAGAGCCGCAGCCCGGUGGCAGCCGGGACACUUCCGACGUGGUGGUGGUGGGGGCGGGGAUACUGGGCCUUGCCGCAGCCCGGGCCCUGCUGCUCCGGCGGCCGCGCCUCCGCGUGCUAGUCCUGGAGAAGGAGGCCGGUGUGGCGCGGCACCAGACGGGCCACAACAGCGGCGUCAUCCACAGCGGCAUCUACUACACGCCAGGCUCGCUCAAGGCCCGGCUGUGCGUGCGCGGUGCCAGCCUUCUCUAUGCCUACUGCGACCAGCGGGGCCUAGCCUACCGGCGCUGCGGCAAGCUCGUGGUGGCUGUGCGGCCCACGGAGCUGCCCCGCCUGCGGGCGCUCCACGAGCGAGGCCUGCAGAACCAGGUGCCUGGCCUGCGCCUGCUGCAGCCGCCCGACAUCCGCGCCCGCGAGCCCCACUGCCAGGGCCUGCUGGCCCUUGAGUGCCCCUCCACGGGCAUCGUGGACUACUCGCGCGUGGCCGCCGCCUUCGCUGAGGACUUACGCGAGGCCGGGGGCUCCCUCCUUACCGGCUUUGAAGUGACAGGCAUGCGGCUGGCCUCUGACCGGCCCGGGGCCCCCGUGGUGCUGCGCAGCGCCAGCGGCUCCCACGUGCACUCGAGGUUUGUGGUCACGUGCGCGGGGCUGCACUCGGACCGCGUGUCCCGGAUGAGCGGCUGCAGCACCGAGCCUGCCAUUGUGCCCUUCCGCGGGGACUACCUACAGCUCCGACCCGACAGGACCCACCUAGUGCGGGGCAAUAUUUACCCCGUCCCCAACCCCGACUUUCCCUUCCUAGGUGUCCACUUCACGCCCAGGAUGGACGGCAGCGUCUGGCUCGGACCCAACGCCGUCCUAGCCUUCAAGCGCGAGGGCUACGGCCCGCUGGACUUCUCGGCGUUGGACACGUGGGAGGCCCUUUGCAACAGCGGCCUGCUCCGCCUGGCCCUCCGCAAUGUGGCCUUCGGCCUCGGGGAGAUGUACCGAGCUUUCUACCUCCCUGCCACCAUCACGCAGCUGAGGAUGUUCAUCCCCGAGAUCACCAUCCAGGACGUGAUCAGAGGCCCCUCGGGAGUUCGAGCCCAGGCCCUGGACAGCUACGGAAACCUUGUGGAGGACUUUGUGUUCGACGGGGGCGUGGGGGCUCUAGGGGCCCGCGUCCUCCACGUGAGAAACGCCCCUUCCCCAGCCGCCACCGCCUCGCUGGCCAUCGCGGAGGUGAUCGCAGAUGAAAUGGAACAGAGAUUCAAAUUAUAAACCACGCAGGCCGGCGUGCCUUUUUUUAAAUUUAUGACAAUGCAGCAAAAUGACUGGAUUAGUUAUUUUUGAGAAUACUGGUAGUCUCCUCUUAAGUCCUCAGAGAACACUAAACUGUGAAUUGUGUACUGUGAAAAUAUUUAUAAAAUAAAAACCUA